UGCCGUGGCCCGAAUUCUGCAAGCCGAUCGACGAAGUCGGCCGUGACGGAACAAACGCGAAAAUCGCCAAAUCGGGCCGAGUUUGAAUUUGUCCGGGCGAUUUUUUAUUUUUUGCCGGAAGGACUAGGGCCGGGCAUGGUGCGCUAGCUCCCGGAUUAGGGCAUGAGGAACGGGAUAUGAAGCGGCGAUUUCCGGACGUUUUUAAGACGAUGGGGCCGAAGCAAAGGAGACACCGCCUGAAAACAUGAUCCCAUUCAAAUGGAGCAAGCCCAAAUUCAAUAAAGUGAAAUUCAAGUAAACCAAGCAAAUAUCGAGAAAAUCCGACGUUCCGCCUUACCCCCGCAACCAAAGCAAUAAAACCCAGGACGAACCGUCACCAUCAUGUCGAAGACUUUAAUUCUCAUCAUCGACUUGGACACGAUAAUGCGCUUGGUACCUCGCGCCGCCCCCGCACCCUCCCCAGCAUGACCGCGUAGACCGUCCCCCUCUCUCCUUCCCCCCAAGCCCAGGAAGAUGGUCUUGCAUCGUCUCGACGAGUCUUUCUACAAGCUUGUCCUCCUACACGCCCUCCUGAUGGUGCACGUCGGCGGCAGCCCGAGCGAGAAGAAGAUGCUCAACGACUUCCCCUCGUUUCGGCCGGGGCGGCUGUACUUCGCCAUCGCCGCCGCCCCCAGCGGGCAGGCGUACAGCAGGGCGUUCAACAAGACGCUGAUGAACAUCACCCAGUCCUACUUGACCACCAAGAUGCACAAAGACACGUUCAACUUCACGGUGGAGACGCUGGUCAUCGAGCUGCCGGAGAACGGGAGUUUCAGCGCGGCGCUGCUGAGGAUUCUGUGCGACCAGUUCGAGGGCAAGCACGUGGUCGCCGUGCUGGUGGUCGGGGACUCCCCUGCGGCCUUCACGGUCUCGCUGACGGCCAAACACUCCGGGAUUCCCGUGCUCUGGGCGAGGGGACACAGCGGGUUUUUACCCGGAUUCAGAAGUCUGGAGUCUAGUGCUUUGGAAGUUCAACUGGCGCCGACCGGUCGUGAGUUAGUGCAGGCCCUGAGAGGGCUCCUGCUGCAAGCCCACUGGCAUACUUUCACUCUGUUGGUCGAUCCUGCUUCAUCUACGGCCUUGAGGCGCCCGGAGCUUUGGUCAACGCUGACUGCACAGCCGCUACAUCCCACUUUGAUAACGUUAUCAUCCCCAUUAAGGGCACAGUCGCUUUUUCGGAAACUGGCCGACAUCUCGAGGUCGACCCGCGGCGUGGUGGUGCUGCUGAGCGACCGCCCCUCGGCGGUGCGCAUCCUGGACGACGCCAGGCGCCUGAACAUGAUGGACGGCCACUUCGUGUGGCUGUGGGUGGACACCGCCGCCAACAUCAGCGUCAGCGAGGACGUCAACAUCAGCGAAAAAGACAGACUGCCAGAGGAUCGAUACAAACGUAGUGUAGUUAAAAGUGAUAUCAGUGAUAUGCAUGUGAAUUAUUUAUUAAAAAACGAUCAGUUCCUUUUGUUUAAUCGUAAUUAUGGCGUUGAAAGUUCUAAAUUCAAAGAUCGUAACGAUAGAUCUCAACGUUUAUUUAGUGUUGUGGAUGGUGAGUACAAAGGGGAACUUCCGGCCGGUUUGCUCAGUCUCAAGCCCCUUCCGGUCAGGGUGGACAGACAUCUGGUCAAGGGAGCUGUCAGGCUUCUGAUAGCUACCCUCAAAUUGGUGCUGAGGAGGUCGCCUUUGUGGAUGCUACAGAGUAUCGCCAAGGGGCAGCUCACCACCAGCUGCUGGAAACCGCUGGGGGCGAGGGAGUUCAACUUCUCCAACAAUUUUGGAAGGGAACUGAAAGCAGCCUGCACAGACGCCCUGGCCGGCAAAAAAUUUUCACAAGAAAUUGGCGUUGACAAAGUGGACAAAUCAUUAGUUGCGAAUUUCGAAAUACUUAACUUAGUUCCUGAACGUAGCACCAAGGAGAUCGACCCAUUUAGCAAUAGGAGCGAGAGCGUCGAACCAAGCUCGUCAAGCGUCAAGUGGAAAAGAGUCGGAAUGGUAUCCGGAAGGUCCGUUCGAUUGGAUACGAUCAUUUGGCCCGGCGGCGACCUGUCAGUGGCUGCCGUCUCCUCCAGAGCCAGGACCGUAUUCAGGGUGGUAACGGCCCUGGCGCCUCCCUUCGUCAUGGAGAGCGAGCUAGACGAAGACGGACAGUGCCUGAGAGGUCUUCCGUGUCAUCGAGUGCUGACAUCGGACAAAGACAACUUGACGUUGGUUUUCAACGAGAUGCAGCGGCUCGAAGAGGAGGAAGACGAAGAGGACGAAUCGAAUCCAGAGUACAAACAAUUCUCGAACGAUUACGAGGAAAACGAGCGAUUUUUCCCCUUCCAAAAAUUCAAGUAUCGAACGCAGUGCUGUUACGGGCUCUCGAUGGAUCUUCUGGAAAACGUGGCGCAAGAGCUGGAGUUCGAUUUCCGGCUGUACAUCGUCGCGGAUGGGUUUUUUGGGUCGAAGCUGGUGAGUCCACGCAAGCAACGAGACAUAGGCAAGAAAUACCGAUACAAAGACGAAUUCGGGAUGACGGAAGAACGCCAAGAGGAGACGAACAGCAACGUGGACGUGAAGUGGAACGGCGUCGUCGGUGACCUCGUCUCAGGAGCCGCUCACAUGUCUUUCGCCGCCCUCAGCGUCUCCAGUGCAAGGAGCGAGGUGAUUGACUUCAGCGUCCCUUACUUCUUCAGCGGGGUGUCCCUCCUCGCCGCGCCCCAGCAAACCUCCGAGAUUCCUCUCAUGGCUUUCCUUCUCCCUUUCUCUCCCGAACUCUGGAUAGCCAUUUUCACUAGCCUGAACAUAACAGCAAUCGCCGUGGCCAUUUACGAGUGGUUAUCACCUUUCGGUCUGAACCCUUGGGGAAGACAACGCUCGAAGAACUUCAGCAUGAGUUCUGCCCUUUGGGUGAUGUGGGGUCUACUCUGCGGUCACCUCGUGGCUUUCAAAGCUCCGAAGAGUUGGCCUAACAAGUUCCUCAUCAACGUGUGGGGAGGUUUUUCCGUCAUUUUCGUCGCCAGCUACACAGCAAAUAUCGCGGCUUUGAUCGCGGGGCUGUUCUUCCACAACACCGUCAGCAAUUAUAGGGACAGCAGCCUGCUAAGUCAGAGAGUGGGAGCCCCCCGGUUCUCCGCCGCCGAAUACUACGUCCAAAAAGCCAACCAGAUCCUGUGGCAACACAUGAGCAAGUACUCCCUAGAGAACAUUGAAGAGGGCAUCGAUAAAUUACGAAACGGUUCUCUCGAUGUUCUCAUUGCCGAUACUCCAGUCUUGGACUACUACCGCGCUACCGACCACGGCUGCAAACUCCAAAAGUUUGGUGAUAACAUCAACGAAGACACCUACGCGAUCGGAAUGACCAAAGGCUUCCCGCUCAAGGACAGCAUCUCCGCUGUGAUCGCGAAAUACUCCAGCAACGGUUACAUGGACAUCCUGCAGGAAAAGUGGUACGGAGGCUUACCCUGCUUCAAGCUCGCCACCGACAUCGCCCAGCCGCGGCCGCUGGGAGUGGCGGCUGUGACCGGUGUAUUCAUCCUGCUGGGCGUCGGUAUCGUCCUGGGCCUCAUCAUUCUCCUCGUCGAACACCUGUUCUUCCGCUACACCCUGCCGAUUCUGCGUGACAAGCCCAAAGGUUCGAUCUGGAGGAGCAGGAAUAUCAUGUUCUUCAGCCAGAAACUUUAUCGCUUUAUCAACUGCGUGGAGCUGGUGUCGCCCCAUCAUGCCGCCCGGGAGCUCGUUCACACCAUCCGACAGGGACAAAUUACUAGUUUGUUCCAAAAAAGCAUCAAAAGGAAGGAACAUGAACAGCGACGUCGGAGAAAGAGCAAAGCUCAGUUCUUCGAAAUGAUCCAGGAAAUUAGAAGGCAACAGCAAGAGGAACGCGAGCCGCCACUCGAACCGGUAACGGAAGUCGACUCGGAAUACCAGAUGUCGCCCGACGAGAAAAAAUCCAAAUUAAGCCCCAGCAUUCUCCGGCGAACCUUCAUGCGAUCGAGUCCCAAGACGGAAACACAGAAAAUUAAAUCACCCACGAUGAUUUUCAACAAGCCGUUGUUUAGUCCACGCUCGAAAAACAAAGCGAGAAGCUCGACGGCCCUCAACGUGAGACGAUUCAGCACCGACAGCGUCUUCAACUCGCAAACGAUGAAGGUCGACCAUAGCACAGCCGUAGGGAGACGAUUGAGCAAAGACGCGUCGAGUUUCUUGACCAGCAGUCCCCCAGAUAUCAACAGCAGGAGGUCAAGUUACUUGGACAUCAUCAGCACCGGGAACAAAUUAGCCGGGAAAAGUCCCGUCCUGUCAAUCGAGAACGUGUCAGACGCCAGCUCCAAGUCAAACGAACCUUUAAGAAAGUUGUCCGACUCGGAGAGCAUAGGCCGGAAGUUGGCCACGCUACCCAAGUACCGCGAACCCGUGGAAAGACACAGAUUGCAACCCCAAUACAGCUUGACGUUGGGGAAAAGCGACGAAACUUUGACGAAAACCGAAAAACCGAGUCAAGUAUCCUCAGCGAAAAGUUUCAACAACGUGUCGGAGCCCGAAAACUUCGCGGGUAACUUGUCGGAUGAAGAGAUCGCGCGGAGGAAUAAGCAAACUAUCGAGCAACUCCAAUUCCAGCUGAAGAGAAGACAGACAGACAAUAACGCCAAAACGAACACCAACCCGCAGAUUAGGAUACAAGUGGAAGACACGACGAGGAGUGAACCGGUGAGGAAGCGCAGGAUGAAGACGCGUCAUCAGAGCUUGGGGGACUCCCAGGUUCCUGAACCCGCUAAGAGGAAUAGGUUGGGGGAGCAGUCCAAGUCUCUGGACGGCAAUCCGGUGAAGUCGCGGAAGCGGCGGGAGGAGGAGCUGCCGCCGGCUCCGCCGCCCCCGAACUGCUCGCCGCGGAACUCCAACGGGAGGUCGCCGCUGGAGAGGCUGUCCAAGGACGAGUUGGUGUUGCUUUGGAGGAGCUCCGAGUCGGAGUUGAGGAGUCAUCUUCUUAAGGCUAUCAGGGACAAGGAGGAGCCGGUGGAGCCGCCUUGA